AUGUUAAGUGUAAAUUCGAUCAUAAAGCUUCAGUCUUUUUCGAAACAUAGGCACGCAUUCGUGGUAGACGGAGGCGGCUCUUCACACAAGCUGGAAUGCGUUUCAACCACCCUCGCCCUCUUCUUCUCUCCACCUUCGUCUUUCUUUCCUCCGCCUACACCUCCACCUUCGCCCUUGCCUCGAACUCCACCUCUACCUCUUUCUCUACAUCCACAUUCACCAAGCCAUUUCCAUUAUUCUUCUCGUUCUCACCUCCAUUCUUCUUUCCCUCUAACUCAACCACCUGCUAAGGGCAGUGCCGUGGUGGGUCUCGCCGCGGACCUCGAGGCCCGUACCAACGCUCAGGGUCGUGCGCUCUCUGCCGUCCUUAUCGUGGUCGAUCUCUUACUCGGCCCUUGGCAUUUGGUGGCUGUUUUUUGCUGCAAUCCCGGAACGAUUAAGCUACACUUUUUUCAUCCACCUCUCCUGAUUGGUGCAUGGAGGUUGGACCGCACUCUAAUCGCUCUCAUCGCUAGUCAAAAGACGUACGAAUCAGGAGUGAAAAUUGCAAACAGGGACCGUGACUAA